AUGUGGAUGUUUUUAUGUGGUGCUUCCAUUGUCUGCUUUGCACAUGGCUUCAUAGACCCCUUCAAGCAGCAAAAGAACUUCGUCCUGGCCGCUAUCUACAUUGGGCAAGCUGGCAGUGUCCAGUGGCACACUUUGUACCAAAAUAGAACAAAGGUUUGUUACAGCACAGAAGAAUUUGACUUCAACGUACCAGUCAGUUGCAUUAAAUUUGCGCUCCGGCUUCACAACCUUUGUUUUGCCAUCGAUAGCGGGGGCAAUGCAGGAUCUCAAAUUAUGGCAUACAAAAACCAAGUUGAUUCUCAUGUGCCCAAGCUGAAGUCAUUUUACACUGGUCGAGGCAUGAAGUGUGAUGCCACCGACAGUGACAAAGGCAAUGGCCGUGCCAGGGACGACACCACUGAGCUUGACAAGCUUGAAGCUCAUGGUUACAAUGUGGAACCAGACUGCAUCAAGACUGAAGACGGCAUAUUUGAGUCGCUUCAAAAACUGCCUUCUAAUCUUCUGACCGUUUUUCGUCCAUCAGACCCGGAUACAAUGCUUGUCGCAAAGAAAAUCCGAAAGGAGUUGAACGAGCUUGAGAUUCUCAGGCUCAUCCAUCUCAUUCAACCUCAGUCGGAACACAUCAUCACAUUGCUCAACUCUUUCCAUGGGCAGAGCUCGUCGUGGGUCAUCCUCCCUAAGAUAAUGAACAAUGUGGAAGAUUGGCUAAGGUAUGAUCUCAAGCGGUUUUCACCGCACUUUUCACCAGUCUGCUGGGGCCUCAUUGAGGGUCUUGUGUAUCUUCACAAGCACCACAUGGCCCACAGGGACAUUAAGCCUGAAAACCUUCUUGUCGACCACAAGUUCUAUUUGAAGAUCAUAGACUUUGAUAUUGCUGUACAUGCCAUUCACCCAAUCUGCACCCUUCACAAUUGA